GACGUCAUCGCAGACACUCAUUAUUUAUGCGCGUACGCCAUUUUGGGGAGAGUAGCUUUGGUGCGUCUUAACAAUUUAUCCGAGGAAAUCUCAACCCAUCCGUCCUUGAGUUUCUUCGUUUAGGAGUUUAUUCCUAUCUAAAGAUAUCACCCAUCAGAACGGUCCUAGCACUGUGUGCAGACCGUUCAACGGGUACAGGGCCACCACGUCAAUGAGUGUUGUGUCAGGACAUGAUGUCCGCGCUCUCUGGGCUAACUACGAAGGGGGAAAAAGGCAAGAGCAAGUACCAGGCUCUCGACAUAAAUAACUUGUAUAAAGGCAAAAGCGUUGAGACACAGAAAACAACCGCCCCCCGUCAGUAUGGUUUACAGAGUCUCGGGAAAGUCGCGACUGCGCGGCGCAUGCCCCCACCAGCUAAUUUACCAAGUUUGAAAAGUGAGCAUUGUGGAAACGACCCUUCGGUUAAUCUAGUACCACAAGGUGGAUCAGGAUGGGUCAGCGAGAAGGACAAAGAAGAAGCAAAAAGUGGUGGGGCACCACAACAACCACCGGAACCAGCAAAACCAGCUACACCAUUAGAGCAAGCAAGGCAGCGAGAAGCACAAGCGCAAAAACUACAGCAGGCGCAUGCAGCACAGGGUCAGGGGCAGGGGCAGGGGCAGGGGCAGAACAAGAAUUCACAACAGGGGCAUCAAUCUGGGGAGAGUGGUCCGAAAUUAUGGAGCAGCGUUGCGGGGCAUGCGGAAGGGGAGCAGGGACCGGCGGAUUUUCUGAGUCCGGAGUCGACCAAAUUUCAGCAAGAAUUUCCUACACUAGCGACAGGAGGGGAAGAACAACAACAGCAGCAGCAAGUACAGCAGCACAGUCAGAAGCCAAGCACAGAUUCUCAAUAUGGGCCAGGCCCGAGCUUGAGGCCGCAGAACGAGGGGAACUGGCGGGAGGGAGGAGGUCGUGGCGUGACCACGCAGCAGCAGCAGCAGUCAUUGGUGCAGUCACAUAGCGGUGUUGGUCUCAAUCCAAACAUGAACGGACCACAGACACCAGCAGACAGCCAGGAGCUACAAAUGCAGCCGGUAAUGCCAGGGAGACCAGGCUCUUCAGGACCUAUGCCUGGACCACCCCACAUGGGACCUGGUGGUCCAGCUGGACCAAUGGGCGCAGGCAUGCCUCCACAAUUCAGAGGGAUGAUGCCACCUUAUAUGUACGGACCUCGGGGAAGUUUCCCUCCCGGAACAUACCCUCCGAAUUUCCCGGGAAUGCAAGGUCCACCUCGUCCGCCAUACCCGUAUCCACCUGAUGCACGAAUGUAUGGACCGCGUCCACCGCACAUGCAGCAGCCUCAGAAAAUGGAUGGUGAGGCGUUCAGUAGACCAGCUAUUGUCAGGGACGAGGAUUUAAAAGAGUUGGACCACAUAAUGGAAAAUGACCAAAAUGGAAGCAGUUGGGCAGCAGUGCAGAGUGAAGUUGACUAUAGUAAGGAGUUAAAGUUCAGUGAUGAUGAAGAUAGUGCAAGCAACAGAUUGAAUAGGGAUGAAAGCAGGAAAGAUACGUCAGACAGUACAAGGUCAGCAGAAUCGAGAAGUCAUGACAAGGAGCAUGAGCGGGAUGAUAGAGAGUACAGGCAGCGGUGGCAGCAGCAGCGAAUGCCGUUUGAUCAUCGUGGUGGGCCACCCAUGCCACCGUACCCGGGCGGUCCUCCAGGACCCCCUCGGCUAGGUCCUAUGGCACCUGGCCCUUACCCUUCCCAGCCUGGACGUGCACCGCCACCAAAGCAGCCCGAUGUGGAUGAUGAAGAGAUGUGGCGACAGAAAAGGAGGCUGCAGAGCAGCGAGAUGACUGCGGCAGUCGAGAGGGCGCGCCAGAGAAGGGAGGAGGAGAAGCGUUUCGAGGAAGAACGCAAGGCCGCUCUCGGCGAGAAGCUGGGAAGCAAGCGAGAAGAUAAACGCAGCAAAGAUUCAGAGGAAAGAGAAGAUCCAGACACGGGAUCGGAGUCUGGCAAGCGUGCGUCGUCCCGCGACGGGAGCCAGGGGGAGAAGAGGGACAGUCGGGAGCGGGACUACCGCGACAGAGAAUUCCGCGGCCAGCGUGGCGGCAGGGAGCGGGAAGGUGAAGGCAACUUCUCCAAGCAGUUCCAGAAAAAUGUUCCUCCAAGGUUUCAAAAGCAGCAGGCUGAGCAGAUGAUGAGACAGCAGCAGUACAUGAGACCCUCCGGCCAGCAAAGUGGAGGAGGUCCGCCGAUGCAGGGUCAGCCCAUGUACGAUCCUCGUUGGCAGUGCAUGCCCCAGGGACCUGGGACCUAUAUGCAAGAGCACAGAGGAAUUCAGCCACUGCAGGGCAUGGGAAUGCAGGGCGGUCGUCCUGGUGGACGAGGAAGAACGGAUAGUCAAAGCUCGGCGCCUGAUCAACACGAAAGUGGUGGUAGCACUCCCGACGAUCGGCCGUGGACGGGCGACCGACCCGCUUUUCCCAGUCAAGGAGCACAGGGAUCUUACGAUGAGAAGAGGAGGGGUCCCCCAGCACCAGGCUACUACGAUGACUACAGAAGAUCUCAGCAGCAAGAGCGUAGUCAGUCAGAGGAGGAGCCCCAUCGAGAGAGGAAGCUGUUUGAUCCAAAAGAACCCCGAGAGCCGAAGGAGAGGAGGGACUCCAGGGAGAUGAGGGAACGGCAGCCAGAGUCCAGGUCUGGGGAAUUCAGGCGUGAGAGGGAUGACCGACCGCAGCCGGCACGGUCACCAAAGGACUUGAACCAGGCAUCCCGAAACAAGGAACAAGAUAAGCAUCAAGAGAUUCCUUCAUCGCUCGUGAGAGAUCCAUUAGAGGAAGGCAUGGAUCCUUCGCGGCCACAAAGGCCUGAAAGUAGAGACUCCAUCAAGUCACGUGAUUCUGUCAAGUCAAAGGACUCGAUUAGGUCCAGGGAGUCACGUGAAUCGAGCAAAGGCAAGGAUUCCAGAGUAGGAGCAUCUCAUGAUGAAAGGUCUACCCAUAAGGGUGGCUCCCAGGCUGGCAUGCAGAAGAGUGGCCCACAGACUGCCAUGCAAAAGAGUGGCUCGCAAACGUCACUGCAGAAGAGUGGCUCGCAAACGUCCUUGCAGAAGAGUGGUUCGCAAGCAUCCUUAAAGGAUUCAUUUCCAGAGAGAUCUGGAGGUCCACGUCAGUCAGGCAGGAAGGAUCUGACCGCUCAGCUGAGCUGGGGGGACGAACCACUAGACGAGUCGCUCGUCAAUGUAGAAAAAUGCUCCACCCCAGACUGGGCUGCCUUGCACCCCGAGCAGUCUGGAUCGCCUAAGACACUGCUGCAGCACCGGGAGCCCGAGGCGAAGCGAGAACCCGCGCGUGAACCGAAACAGGAGCCGAAGGUGGUGGAGUGCAAGCACGAUGACCACCGCGACGUGAAAGACAAGCCGCACCAGCGCGAUCAGCACGACCCUCGAGAUCCGAGGGAUCAACGGGAUCUGAGAGAUCCGCGAGACCAAAAGCCUCAGCAAGACUCGAGAGAGCCGAGGCAGCGGGAGCUUACUAAAGACAAUAUGCCGGGCGGUCAGAACAAGGACAGGCCGGAUCAUCAGAGGGAUCAGCAACCUCGCGGCGGUGCGAGACAGGAGCAGUGGAGAGAUCCUAAAGAUCACAGGCGGUUGAUAGCACUCGACAUUCGCAACGAGAGUCGCGAUUUACACGCAGACCAACGCGAUCUGCAGGUGGAGCGGAGGGAUCUGCAGGUAGACAGGCGAGAAACGCAGGUAGUCGUCGUAGAUCGUCGUGACACACAGGUAGACCGACGUGGCACACAAGUAGACCGGCGUGAGCCACAGGUAGACAGGCGUGACACACAGGCUGAUCGGCGUGACACACAGGUAGACCGACGUGAGCCACAGGUAGACCGACGUGAGCCACAGGUAGACAGGCGUGACACACAGGUAGACCGGCGUGAGACACAGGUAGACCGGCGUGACACACAGGUAGACCGACGUGAGCCACAGGUAGACAGGCGUGACACACAGGCUGAUCGGCGUGACACACAGGUAGACAGGCGUGACACACAGGUAGACCGGCGUGAUACACAUGUAGACCGACGUGACACACAGGCUGAUAGGCGUGACACACAGGUAGACCGACGUGACACACAGGUAGACCGGCGUGACACACAAGUAGACCGACGUGACACACAGGCUGAUAGGCGUGACACACAGGUAGACCGACGUGACACACAGGUAGACCGGCGUGACACACAAGUAGACCGACGUGACACACAGGCUGAUAGGCGUGACACACAGGUAGACCGACGUGACCAACAAGGAUCAAGACGAGACCCACAGGCAGAGCGGCGUGACGCGCAGGGUACGCGAAGAGACAUGCAUGUAGACAGGAGGGAUGUGGACAGGAGGGAUGUGGACAGGAGAGAUGGGGACAGGCGUGAGCAGCAAGGCGUACGCCGAGACCAACAGGGAGGCGAUCGUCGUGACCAGCAGCAAGGCAGCAAACGCUUCCAACAGCGGGAGCCACAGGAGCAGAGGCAGUCUCAGCAGAGUGUCGCCCUGAAACGCACUUCGUCCACCCGCUCUGACUCCUCUGCUUCCAGCGAUCGGAAAACCGAAUCUCCGAAAGUCGUCGAAAUGCCCGUCGUAGUGAAGAAGGAAGUGAAAGAUGUGCUCGAGCAGGAUAAAGAAAACAAGGAGCCUGUUGGCGGAACUGUGGAUGCACAAAAAGAGGAGCCUGCGAAAGUUUCCAUUCCCAUAGUACUUGAAGAAAAGGAUGAAAAGGAAGAGAAACCGAAAAAAGCGAGGGAUGAAAAGGAAUCCGAGAAGUCGAAACCGAAAAAGGACGAGGCGAAGAAAGACUCCAUUGAAAAGCCGCCGAUGAAACGCUUCAAGGAGUCAUCAGAUCGCAAAGAUUACCGCGGCAACGAGCGUCAGCUGGAUGAAUCGCAGAGAGGUCGUGGUGGCGGCAGUGCUGCUCCAGGGGGCGCCACUAGAAGCCGCGGCAGGGGUCGCGGGGAGUUUACCGCACCUAGGCGGGGUCGCAGCGGCUACAGCUCUUACCGUGGUCGCGGGCGAGGAGAUCGACCUAGCGGUUCUUCGAGGUAUCCUGAUCAGCCGGACUACAGAAGGAAAAAGGACGAUGAGUAUAGCGACAUAAGCGAUGAUUGGUCGGACGAGGACGACGUACGACCGUCGCGACUGCGCUCAAAGGACGAGCUCAGCGAAGAGUCUGGUGAUGAGAUAGCCGUGGCUGCUGAAUUGGCAGACGACAAAGAUAAGAAGAGCGGUAACAAAGAGAGGAGAGAUGAUCCUACGAAAGAGCGAGGGUCGUCCUACAAGCCGGAGAAUGUAGUUAGGUCAGGGGAACGAGGCGGUGGCCGUGGCUUCACCCCCCGCGGUGUCCCGUCCAGGCGAGGACGCGGAGCCAGCUACAGCGGCAGGGGAACGUCGCGGGGAGGUUUCCCCCGUCCCCAUAGCGACCGCUCGCUAGACGACAGGUACUACUUUGAGAAGCCACGCAGAGACGGCAACCGCGAAAGGCGGGACGACAAGAGGCGAGAUGAAAAGAAAGAUGAUAAGAAGGGCGAGGAAGUUGCUGCGAAAGAGGUGGAAGCAGCAGGCAAGCCGAAGCCGGAAGAAAAAGUAGUGGAAAAUAAACAGGAGGACACUGCCUCUAAAGAGGAUAAGGAAGCCACCUCGGCAACAAGCGAGAGAAGAGAUGAACGAAGAAGAAACGAUCGAUAUGACGGUAGGAACCAGCGUCGGCCCGACAAACCGCAGCGGGGGGAGUACCGGGGUGGGUACGCGAACCGUCGGCCUGCACCCCCGCCCAGGUUUCAGCGCAGCGGCCGUGGAGACAGCCACAGUGCUGCCUACCAGUACGACGACGCUCAAGAUGCCGGGUACGGGCCGGACAAUCAGUCGAGUAACCGCGGGAGGGGUAAAAGCAGUCGUGGCCGUGGUCGCGGCCGCGGCGGGAGCGCGCCCCCGCGUUCUAGCAAGCGUCCGACGCUGACGAAGCAGAACUCGUCGGACAUGGCGAACGAGGAGUGGGAGACGGCGUCGGAGAGCAGCGACUUUGCCGCGAGGAACCUGCGGGACGAGGAGAAGGCGAAGAACGAGGCGAAGAACGACGAGAUGAAGAAGGACGGCGUCGCCGCGGUGAAGAAGAGCUUCUCGGGGCAGCGGCCGAGCAGCGACCGUCGCACGCGCAGCGGUGACCCGCCACGCAAGUCCUCCAGCGCCCCGGACAGGAGUCAGCGGUCGAACCGCUCCGACAAGAAGGGAGGAGACAAGCGGCACGAGGCGAGGACGAACGGCAGCAUUCCGAAGGGUUCUUGGAAGGGGCCGUCGAACAAGGCACCCGGUGCCGGCCGGCAGAACGAGAACGCGGUAUUCCGUGUGGACGAGAUAGUGCACAGCAACCCUGCUGCGAUCCAGAACGCACUGGCAGACGUAUCUAACAGGAAACCGGUGAACAAGACUGCAACUGUGGCUGAUGUUGCAAAGCAGCAAAAGGCACAGGAGAAGGAAAAAGUUGGUGCCCUUGACCACAUUGAUCUCAAUAACUAUGCAAGUGUGGUUGUGAUCGAUGACCAGCCAGAGGUGACCGUCGAUGAUCCGCUCUACAUAUUCGAUGGUAACGAUGGCUUUCAGGAGGUCAUGUCCAAAAAGACGCAGAAGGAGAGACAGAAAGCACUUCUGGAGGAGCAGAUCCGACGACAAAACAUUGAGAAGAAGAAGAAGGAAAAGGAAGAGAAUGUGAAGAAGCAAGCUGAGAGUAAGAAGGGGCGGUCGAGCUCGUACGAGCGGCCACGCCACAGCAAGCUGCCGCCGCGGCUCGCCAAGCAGCGAGAGAACAACAAGCUGAACAUGAACAUCAACGACACGAUGCCCACACCUGAGAUGUGGGACAUAAAUGAAGCACUCAAUUUGUUGAAUCAGCAGCAGCAGCAGCAGCAACAACAGCAGCAGCAGCCACAGCAGCCGCCCGCGCAGCCAGCACAGACUGGUACUAAAGAAUCGUUCCCGGCUCCGCCUCCACAAGUAAAUGCCUGGGAUAAGCCGCUGGAACUGCAGUCUCCCAUCUCAACAGCGGCCAGCCUCAUCUCAGAUGCUAUGAUGUGCAGUGUGCAGACAUCGUCAGCUGGAGGAACAGCAGCCGAGGAGCGUGAGACGGGCACUGAUGUGGGCAAGAAAGAGCAGGAUCAUGGAGAAGUAGCAAAGGAGAAGAGUCCGCCCGUAACAGUCGAUCCCAGCAAGGGUAGAGCUGUUCAGAAACCAGACACGAGCAAGAGGUCUACCAGUGAAUCGGAGAACAAGUCGCAAGACAAUGCUGGCGAGGCAAUGAGCAAGUCGUUGGCAGAGCAGCAGGAUCAGAAGAAUUUAAAGGAUGCUGCAAAAUUGGACAAACCACAGCCGAUACAACUGCCACCUAGUUUCAACAAACCGCAACAGGACGGCAAGACGACAUCGGUGGAGAUGAAGCUGGAUUUCACGUUCGACGCUGAGCUGGCCAAGCUGACUGAGGACAAGGUGAGCAAGUCGCACACAAUGGACAGCAGCGUGCUCCGGCAACACCAGGCCGCUUCCAUGGCUUCCAUCAACUCGGCAAUCUCUCCCUCGACGGCCGAUCUCAACCUAAAAAUAGCCUCCGUGAAAAAGGUGUGGGAGACAGCGAUGCCGACUGUGCUAGAGGAGGGAGGCGGCGGUCAGAGCUACGGCUCCUUCACGCAGGAGGAGAACCCCUCCCAGGGCUACAGCGCCUUUCAGGCGAAGAUGUCCUCGGACGAGCAGAGCAACCAGGCGUACGCUUUCAGCUCAAAGUCGGAGCAGAGCUCACAGGGCUACACGGCGUUCUCGAGCAGCAACGACAGUCAGCCGUAUGGAAGCUUCUCCUCCAAGCACGGCAUGUCAGCCGACGACAUCAGCCAGGUGGACACGUACGGCAUGCCGAAACACAGCAUGGCUGAUGGCGGCGGCGGCGGCGGCGCGUCGCAAUACAACGCCAACGUGACGUCGCAGUACAACGGCGGCAACGUGUCUCAGUUCAGCAACGCCGCGUCGCAAUACAACGCCGCGUCGCAGUACAACAACACGUACACGGGCGGCGGCGGCGGUGGCAACACGUACAACGUGAACGCGUCGCAGUACAACACGUCUCAGUACAGCGUCGACGCGGCGCAGUACGGCGGCUCGCAGUACGGCACGGCGCAGUACGGCGGGGGUCAGUACGGCGGCGGGCAGGGCCACUACGGCUCGUAUGGCGGCGACGACGGCGGACAAGUGGACAGCGAGCUGAUGGAGAACAUGAGGCGGUCGUCGUCGUCCGCCUACACGGCGUCGUCGGCGUUCACGACCGCCGCGUCGGGGACCGUGCUCAGCAAGCCGGCGAGCGAGGGCACCAACGUGUGCAAGGUGAAGCCCCAGCAGCAGUUCGCUCCCGUCUCCGUGAUGACGUCGCAGUCGAUGGCAGCUGUGCCCAGCAUCCCGAGUCCGCCGGUCAUCUUCAACCAGAUGCAGAACCCGCUCUACCAGCCGUUCCAGAUGGACUCGUCGCAGAUGUUGACGCAGCGCAUGCCGUACGGCUCGACGACGAACCAGUUUGGCUCGCAGCCGAACUUUGGCUACGGCCUCUCGCAGCCCGUCACGCAAGUGACGUUCGCUCACCAGCCCGCGACGCAGACCUACAACCAGCAGAACCUGUUCAUGCCGCCGAACCCGCAGUCGGACAUCUACUCGAACGCUGCGUACCGCGCGGCGCCGGACUUCCAGCCGUCGUCGAACCAGAACCCUCUGCUCAUUUCGUCGGCGAUGUCCUCGCUGACGACGCCGUCGGCGAAGGUGACGCAGAGCGGCGGCGGCUCGACGUACAACAAGGGCGGCGCGCCACUGUCCAGCCUCGGCUUCGGGCAGGGCAACCCGCUGCAACCCUCCCAGGUGUUCAUCCCGUUCGACCCGACGCAGCUUCUCGGCCUCAACACGCCGCAGAACCUGAGCAGCUCUCCGCUGCUCGGCUCGCAGCUCGUGCCGUCGCGUGCGCCCGCCGCCGCCGUGCAGAACCUGCACAGCAUCCAGCCGAUCACGCCUCCGAGCAGCUUCUACAGCCCGGGACAGACGAGCGCGUUCUUCCAGCAGGGCUCGGCGAUGCAGAGCGCGCUGCAGCAGAUGACGUUGCCGAUGACGCAGACGUACACACUGCCGACGUUCGGCUCGACGCAGCAGUCGUACGGCUCGCAGCCACUCAACCUGGGCAGCAUCACGAUCCCGACGCAGCCGAGCAUGCAGCAGCAGCAGCAUCCGAUCUCACGCUCGAUGCGGCAGCAGCAACAGCAGCAUCUGAAGCCGAUCGGCGGCAGCUCGUCGCUAAGCGGGAUGAUGCCGGCCGUCGACGCGUCGUCGCAUACGCCUGUCAGCGCUCCGUCGCCGGUGCUCACGAGUCCGCACGGCCCCGGUAGCAAGUACGGCUCCACCUACCAGAAGCAGCAGCAGCACAUGCAACAGCAGCAGCAGCAGCAGCAGCAGCAGCCGUCGGGUAAUAAGCUUGGGGGACCGAUGUUCGGGUCGUCUUCGUCUUCGGUGUCGAGUGGGCAUCCGUUCUCGCAGAAGCCUCCACGGCAUCAGCCGCAAAACCAGCAGAUAUCCCGACCCGUUCCGUCGGGGCCGCCGCCGCCGCCUUCUCUCGUCAUGUCCAACAUGAGUCAGAUUCAAAACCUCGCUCCCGGCCGCUACCCGGGACCCAUCCAGCGUCCUUACGGGCAGCAGCAGAAGGGAGGUGGAGGAAAGUCGAACAGCGGGCAGUCUGGAGGCGGUGGUUCCGGCUCCGGUGGGAGCUCAGGCAGCUCCAUGUCAGCGUCUGUGAAGGCUCAGCAUGCUGCGGAGAGACAGAAGAUCCUGCAGCAAACACAGAUGUACUUCCGCGAGCAGAACAAGGUGGCAGUGAGCACCCCGUCCACCUCAGCAACCUCCAGCACGAAGCAGAGCGACGUCCCCACGCCCGUCACGACCGCUCCUGCCGUCACGAAGCCGGCCGAGGUGACGCCGCCGCCUCCGCCGCCGCCGCCGCUGCCCCCGACCACGACGGCGACCACGACAACGAUCGCGGUAGUGACCGAAACGAAGCCUGCGUCGGCGACGAGCGCGGCCGACGGUGGCGCCACCUCCUCCGUCGCCGAGAAAACGGACGAGUGAAGUUUGGCAAUGGGAAGCAGGGAAUCUCUGCCUGCUCUGGGUUUGUCUGCAUGUCGCAAAGAAGCGGCUGGGUCGGAAGUCUGUCGAAGGUUAAGAUGCUGGUGCUUUGUCUCCGGUAUGUAAAGAAUGGCUCGUGGUAUCGUGAUUGAAGGCAGGAUCAACGAAAAAUGGUAUGAAUGCGGAAAGUCGGUUGCUGUAAGGGAGCUCGUGGUACGUAGAUUUCUGUGGAGAGUGAUCUAUACUACACGGUAUUGGCAAAAUGGUACAAAAGUGUAACAUUCUAUAACAAGUGGUUAUUGCUAUGGCAUACUGUGGUGAUAAGAAAUAGUAUCAGAAGAUUGGUUUGGGGAAGUCUAUUACUGUAAUUGCAGACCGAUGAUAUUUGGUGUAGGCAUAAGAAGAUGUGUUUGCUUUUCUGCUCAGGCAUGCAUGUUUAUCCAUGAAGAAAUUACCACACUUUGGUUGCCUGUUGGAGGUGUAAUUGUUCUACGUUCUUAACCCUUCACGAACAAAGUAAGGAAAUAGUAAAGAUGGAAUUACUCAGAUUUGUGGCUUGCACACAGCUGCAUGACCACGGUAGAUGGGGCUUGGUUUUAAAGGGGAAGCAUAGUCCCUGUAUUAAAUAAACAAAGUCCUCAAGAUGUGAUGGUGACUAUUGUACAAACUUGUUGCAACGAAACAGCAUAGGGUACAUUCAUUUGACCCCCUUCCAUUCGAAUGGAUGUUAUAAUGUGUUAAAGCUGUUAUGCUGUCCUCUCCGUCGGCUGUAUAAUAUGCUAGAAGUUGGUAAGGUCAUGUCUGUCCUCUAUCCACUCAACUCUUAGAUUUUACUGAUCUUUUUGCAAAACAAUCACUGCACCAUUUGGUUGUCACAGAUCCUGAAGGGGAUCCUUCAUGAUAGAUGGCAGUGAAUGUAAAUCGGUCACAUUGCAGUUGUCUUAUCGAAAACCAUCGGCUUGUACCUGAUGACACUGCUAGAAAAAAUUUGUUACGUUGAGCAUUUUGUUUCGUGAGUGAUGCUGUUAUAAAACCAGAUAAUGAAACAUUUUAACAUCGGGAUAUUGUCUGGUAAAGGACGAGGCUGUUGCUGUUUUAAUGGUGCCGUAACAUGAGCAGUGUUAGCGCAUGUCAGGAGGAAAUAAUAUUGUAAUGAUGGCAUGGCGCACAUGCUCUGUAAAACACGGGCAUUGGUUGUUGCGACACGUGGAUUCAUGUUAUUGUAACAUGUUGCAUUUGUCUUGCAUUUCAUCAUGACCCGUUGUUGCUGCUGGUGAAAGAGCAUAGGAAUCUGUUGCUGAUAUUUGGCAGUAUGAGCCAUUCAUAGCUGCUAUGUGAAAUUGCCAUGGCAGUCAGUUAAGGCAAUAUAAGAAUGAUUACCUUUAGUGUGCAAAAGUACAAAGUAAAGGCACGAAAGGAAAUUAUUUAAAAACAUUGUUGUCUAUGCUAGAUAAGAGCUCAGAGAUCAGGAGAUUAAUGUAUAGUCUGAACCUUACCUCAUCUGUGCUACAAACCAAGACCUUGCCGAGCCCUUCAUGGGAAACUAGAUAGGCGGUCUUAGUGGAUGUUUGAUUUAAUCAAACACUACUAGACUACUAGUAUACUGAUGUAGAAUGCCAUCAGUGCGAUAAAGGAUAAAUGCGUAAUGGCAAGUGGCAUUGGUGCAAUCCUCACUGCAUAUAAUUGCACUUCCAGGUUUAAUGUCAACUACAGUGCUGGCACAAGUUUGAUCUUGUCCUUGCCAGUCGUCAUCAAGGUGUGGCCAAUGCUAUGUCAACUAUUUAGCUAGCAUUCAUUGGUGGCCUAGGCAUUAUUUGUAUGCACAGUGAAAAGGUAAUUGGGCAAACGGUUCGCUAAACGAGAAUAAGAGGUUCUUGUUGUAAAUGCCCUUUGGACUGUACGUGGGUAGAGCGUAUAGCACCAUCAACAAUCCAUGAGGCAAGAAUGUCUCAACUGCCAGGAGGCUUGGUAACGUUACCAGGUCGCUCUACCCAACUCUCCCAUUUUAGAUUAAUCUGCAAGCAAGAAGAAAAAAACUUGCAUUGACCUGAGGAAGUAACAACAGUUCCAGGUCCCCCCCGACAACGUGCAUUUCGGUGCACCACGUCGGCUGAAGAGGUGAAGUGCUCCUUUUGAUGAUGAGUUUGUGACAUCGGGUGCCCCCUGGUGUGCACUGGCGUGGCGUGUCUAUGCCCCGUGACAUGCCGCGCCGUGGCCGUCGCGUUAGAGGCCGCAUAUGAUGCGAGCCUGGCGGGCGGACGACGAGCCCUCAUGUCUAAUGACGGGCGGUGAGGAGGAGGAGAUAGACAAGGCAGCUCUGCUAGCGCCCCCUGUUGCAGCUGCAGAGUUGUCACGUUAAUGAGAGAGCCCUAGUGCCCGUCUUGGCGUUGUGUUUGACACUGUAAUCGUUUUCCAGUGUGCUUUGUAUUUCGGCUAUUCGUUUCAUUGUGAUUGUUGCGCGCAUGUCUGUAGGAAGGGGAGAAGUUGUGUGGCCGGACGAGACUGCCCCCUCGUGGCCACCGACCGAACCUCAGCUCAGGCAUGUUCAGCUUCAUACUAGUUCACCUUUGGCUAGGGUCUGUCAUACUUGUGCAGAUUCGUAGACUCGCUGUAUCGAUAUUUUAGUGAUCUUCUCUGUUCUAGUUGGAUUAUAUAUUAUUGUCUGGGUGCGCCGUCGUGCAAUCCUGGCUCCUGUGAUGCAAUAAUCUGAAGCGAAUCCGUACACUGUUACAACCGGAUGCUGGAUAUGAGCUGUCGCGCGGUAGAGAGCGUCUAUUGUCAUCAGCACUGCAGUUAUCUCAAGUGUGAGAACUUCAGAAUUUUGUUUUAAUUUUCAGCACGUUGAUUGUGCCAUGCAAAUUUUACUGGCUUAUAUUCGUUGUUGUUUAGACAGGGUUUGUCAGUCACAGCUCUGUGUUGCUAUUGAGAACAGGCGGCUAAAAAAGGUAUAUCACACAACCCAGUUCAUCCACACACGUGCACACGUUCGAAAUGGUCGUUUUCGUGGUAGUUUUAUCUCUUUCUGUAUUUAAUGGAUGUUCGUGCGUUUAUUUCUCACUAUGAACGAUAUGUGCGUGAACUUAACGUUACGAUGGCGAGCACACACACGCACAUGCACACACACACACACAUCUGUUUGCGUAUGAGCACACCUACCCGGUGGCACAGGUAACACAGGCAAUGCUGUCUGGCGGACAACACUCGGUCUCUGCUCUUCUCCACGCAACUUGCUAUUAUUAUUGUACAAUUUGGUUCCGUGUGAUCGUUUAAUAUUAAAUAGGAAAUUUGUGAAUAUGCGAAGUUGUGCAUUUCAGUUACCGUACGGAACUCGUGUUUGGCAAUGUGCGGUUGAAAUAAAUCGCGGCUGCCCGCCACCGAUCAGUUUUCGGUGACGACUCGUUAGCACUGUAUGUACCAGUAUUAGGGUUGCACGUGGCGCGGGUGGUCUCCCUGUGCCCUGUGUUACAUCACAUCACGUAGCCGCGAAAAUAAUGUUGGGCUCACGAAAAUCGUUCAGGUGCGAGUUGAUCAUUUCGUCACGAUGAAUCGCUCAUUGAUCACGCGACCCUUGAUGUACAGAAACAUUACAAGGAACAAGUGAUAUUUCAAAGACAGGCCUACUAGCUUAAUUACUUGCCAGUGUAUCUCUGUCACAUGUUUUGUACAUUCACUAUAAUACUCUGCAGUAUCGUGUGAACAUUGUUCCGGUAACAGUUGUAUACGUAAUUGGAACAGGCUUCACGAGUCAUUUAUACCUGACAUUAGCACAUAGCCGAUGCAGAUGUGAUGUGAUAUAGGGCAACUUGUAUAUGGUUCACACAGAGUAGUACGUGAUUUGAACACAGGCAUGCGAGUUUCAUUGCUGUUGUUUUAUAUCGCAUUUAAAUGGGUGACAGACAGAUGUACAUUGCCGUUGCUGUUUGCAUAUAUAGAGCCCUUGUAUGUAACUGUUUACAACAAAUAAAAACAUUGUAAAGUGUA